CUUCCUUUUAAACCUCACUUGCUCCACACGCGUCCCUCCCGCACUGAUGGCAGCUCUGCCAUCGCCAUGGCCUCCCUCUUCGCCACGCGCUCCCUCCCCGCUCACCACCGCCACCUCCUCUUCCCUGCAUCCUCCUCGCCUCCCAUCGGCUCACGCAGGUCUCUCGUUCCUCCACCGCCAUGCCGCGCCCGCGAGUUGCUCGACGUAAUGCCCCAGAGAGACGACGGCAGGUCUCCAAUCCCAAGAACGGAGGAAGGCAGAGCAGGCUCGGCCGGAGUACGGCAUGGCUCAAACGGAGGAACUGUGCGAGGAGACACCACGACCUGGGAGGCAGGCCCACCGGUGCAGCGGGAAGGCAGCCGUGGCGUGCCAAGGCCGUGGAAGAAAGGGGACAGGGUUGUCAUCGAAGAACGUAGGGACUGGGUCUCCCAAGAGAAGAAUCGGAGGAGAGGCCCGAUGCGGACUGGGGAGCAAGAAUGGCGAAGGGAUGCGAAACGCUGGACAAGAGGCGGAAAUGGAAUGUGGGCAAAAGAAUCAGGAAAUGCUGGAAAUUCAAGAGAUGUGGGUAGCGGAAGAAGAAACGUGACCAAGAAAAAGAAGAGAUCAAAGGGUAGCGAGUUGGGAGGCAAGCUGAGAGUUGAGCUGGACAUGUGCUCGAAGAGAGGAGAUGUGAUGGGGGCAAUCUCACUGUAUGACUCCGCGGUCAAGGACGGGAUCAGAUUGGGGCAGCACCACUACAAUGUGCUCCUUUACCUGUGUUCUUCUGCUGCCCUUGGUUUUGUCCAACCGGCAAAGAGUGGCAAUACCGGUAGUGGCAUCACUAGUAUUGGUCCUGCACAGAAACUUGAUUCAUCACCCAACAGAAGCUUGGGAGGUUCAGAGGAGGAGGAUGCAUCUGAAGGUCAUGUUCAAGAUCAGGAGAAAGACAAGGCUGAUCUGUUGCCUUCAGAUGAUUUAAAUGUGCAAACAGUUGUCAUACCAGUAGGAGAUGAGCUCAGAGAGUAUGCACGCACAAGAGGGUUUGAGAUAUUUGAGAAGAUGUGUGAAGAGAAAGAGAGAAUUCAAAUGAGUGAGGCUGCUCUGACUGCAAAGGCACGUAUGGCUUUGUCAACUGGCGAUGGUGACAUGGCUUUUGAGAUUGUAAAACAAAUGAAAGACCUUGGUAUUACGCCAAAGCUGCGGUCAUAUGGUCCUGCUUUGACAGCAUAUUGCAACAGCGGUAAUGUUGAAAAAGCAUUUGAAGUGGAAGCCCAUAUGUUGGAAUCUGGAAUCACACCAGAAGAAGCUGAGUUGGAGAUGCUUCUCAGGGUUAGUGUGGUUGGCCGACGUGGAGAUAAGGUGUAUUAUUUGCUGCAUAAGUUUAGGGCUGCUGUCAGACAGGUAUCUCCUUCCGCAGCUCAAUUAUUUGAGGCUUGGUUUAGUAGCCCAACAGCAUCUAAAGUCGGGAAGAGAAAGUGGGAUGCAGGUGCUAUAGCAAAGGCUAGUGAGAAUAAUGGAGGGGGUUGGCACGGGUUUGGUUGGCUAGGGAGAGGCAAAUGGAUUGUAACACGCUCGAACAUCAAUAAGAACGGUGUCUGCCUUGCUUGUGGAGAGAAGCUGACUAUUAUAGAUCUUGACCCAAAAGAAACAGAAGAUUUCGCCACAUUUGUGGAAAAAUUAGCUAUCAAGAGAGAGAGGAACUUGAACUUUAAGAAAUUCCAGAGAUGGCUUGAAAAGCAUGGACCUUUUGAAGCAGUCGUGGAUGCCGCCAAUGUUGGCCUUUUUAGCCACAAACAUCUUUCCUUGAGUAAGGUUAAUGCUGUUGCUGAUGCUAUAAGGCAAAGAUUUACGUCAAGAAAGUGGCCUUUGGUAGUUUUACACAACAGGCAUCUCACUGGAGAACGCAUGAAAAAACCUGGUAAUCACAAAUUAGUAGAGAAAUGGAAGCAAGCAAAUUCUAUCUAUGCAACCCCUAAUGGCUCAAAUGAUGAUUGGUACUGGCUAUACACUGCUAUCAGAUGCAAAUGCUUGAUCAUUACCAAUGAUGAAAUGAGAGAUCACACGUUUCAGAUAUUGGAAAAGGAUUUCUUCCCCAAAUGGAAGGAAAGGCAUCAGGAGAACUGCGCAUCAUUAUAUUAAGAAGAAAGAAGGGGUACCCCCCCAAAGGGUAACAGAUAUGAAGGGACUGCAACACUCCCUGAAAGUUUGAUAAUUGGCCAGCAAACUUGAUAGAACUUCCCUGUGAAGCCAUCAGGACCUGGGGCUUUGUCUGCCGGCAAGGAUUUAAUUGUCUUCCAAACCUCUUCCUCAGUGAAUGGUGCAUCCAAAUCUGCCAGGUCCCAGCUUGGGAUAUUCAGUGCAUCCAGGUUAACUGUAGCCUCUCUAUCCAGACUUUGCCCUAUCAGAUUACUGUAGAAACUGAAAAUAUUCUGCUCCUUUUCUUCAUGCUUUGUAAGAACCAGUCCCUCAUCUGAUGUGAGUUUACUGAUAAAGUUUUUCCUCUUUCUAUACCGAGCAUGAGAAUGGAAGAGAGCUGUGUUGGCGUCACCUUCACUGAGCCAUGUGAUCCGGGAGCGGCUGCGUGCAAUGGUACGCUGCAAGGAGGAGAGAGCUAGAGAGUGAAGCUUGAGUUUGUUCCGGAACCAAAUCUCCAAAGUGGACAAAGUCUGAUGAUCUUGAGCUAUUUCCAGUUGGUGCAAUAUUUCUCUAGCUAACCCCAGCUGAGUAUUGACAUGGCCAAUCUUCUUCUGACUCCAACUCUUGGAGACCCCUCACAGUGGCUCUGAAUUUCUUUGCUAAAGUAUCAAAAGGGCAGGCAGAGCUCGGUACACUCGACCAAGCAGACUCUACUGCUUCCUGAAAUCCCUCUUGUUUGGUCCAGAAUGCCUCAAAAUGAAACCUGGCCUUAUUAGGCUGAAUUUUGAUUCAAACCUAGCUGUAAUGGGCAAUGAUCCAACCCUUCUGUGGCAGUACAUUGUAGCAGACAGUUGGGAAAAAGCUGUUCCCACUCUGAUGAACAAAGUGCUCUGUCCAGUUUGACAAGUGUUGGUGUAUCCUGCUGGUUAGACCACGUGGAUUUGCGCCCCUGCAAUGGCAGAUCCCUGAAUUCCAAGUCAUUCAUUAGGCGACGAAACCUUCCCAUCAUGGCCCUGUUGAUGUUUCCAUUAUUCUUAUCUUCAAUACUCGUGAUGAGACUAAAAUCUCCAACCACAAGCCAAGGUCCUUGGCAACACGCCCUUAGGUUUCUGAUUUCUUGUAAGAACAGUAUCUUAUUAUAAUCGCCUUGGGGGCCAUACACACAGGUCAGCCACCAUGGUUGCAUGCCGUUGGUGGAAAACUGAAUGGACACACUGUAAUGAUCAAUUCAAGAGGCAUGUGCCUGUCCUAAGCCAUGUCGCCAUGCAAUUAAAAUCCCACCACUUGCACCAACAGCAGGCAGUUCCACCCAGUUGGUGAAAUCUGUACCCAACAUUGAAAGGAUAAUUCCACAAGAAACACCAGCCAUUUUUGUUUCUUGCAAGCAAACUACAUCAACCUGACAGGAGGUAACCAAGGAGCGAACUGUGUCCUGACGGGCCCUAGAGUAAGAUCACGAACGUUCCAGGAAAGAAUAUUGGAUGGAUACAUCAAAAAGACUGAAAAAAGAGCGACCUUACAGAACUGCUGCUCAAAGGUCCUGCUCAUCCGGCGUAGCCCAUCCGAACAGCGCUACCAUAGCUUGGACAUGGACCUCAGAGAGACAGGCAGACUGAGAGAAUAACCUGCUGUACUCCUCCAAAGCUUGCUGAGAGAUUUCUUCAGUUUCCCCAAUGAUGUCCAAAGCUCUCAUCACUUUUUUCUUU